AUGUAUCACCUCCGCCGCGCCGUCAUCGUGGUCGUCUUCCUCGCUUCUCUCGCAUUCCUCACCUGGUUCCUACCCAGGGCCCUUAACCCGACCCCGCCCAGCCCCGAGGACCAGAAGCGAGACAAAGCAUGGGUGUCUUCCUCCCCGUACUGGAUAGACCGCCAGGCUUGCAGGUGGUUCAGCAUCUGUGGUCUGCACCACCUGCGCUGGGACGACCCCGUCAGACCACGGGAUCCGCGGAUCGACUACCAGACCGAGCUAGAGUUGAAAAGGAGGGCCCUACAUGAAGGUGCGCCGCCUACUUCAUGGGAAGACAUGGCCAAGACAGAGAGCGAAAAGCAUGGGUCGCGCACAACGGCCAAGACUCUGGAAGAUGUGCCCGAGUUCGUCCUCAAGCAUGCCCCGCUGGUCCACCUGUACUCCAAGGAACAUUUUUGGCCGUCGGAUAUUGCUGAGCAUGUCCGUCACAUGGCACCUUUUGUCGGAGACGAUCCUGUCAAUAUGACGGAGCCUGUCUCAUUGGCAAACAUGUACGACUUAAACGAUGUCCCAGGAUUUGUGUUCCUCACAAGCAUAGAUGACGUCGAACGGCGACCAGAAUGGCUGUCCAACGACGUGGGUCAGCCGACACCAUACCCGGAAGACGACGACCGCGGAGUCAAGGUCGGCCCUGCAGAUGGCCGCAUCAGCGAUGAGGAAAGCGAGUCCUCCAGGUACGAGGAUACAACCUGGUGGGAUGUCAGCCAGCACUACCCCCUGCGCCGCAUAUCUGCUCCUCAAGACCACGAGAGGAGAGAUAUGCUCUCCAAACUCCGCCGUCGCUUUUCCCUUUCUGGCGGCAGCCCGCAAAAGCCAUUUCCUCCGCCUCCGGACACGCCCGGUCAUAAGCCCGAUGCCAGUGGGUACUCGGCAGCCCCGGCUGUGUUGGUCGUAGUGGAUAAGGGCUCGGGUAUCACCGAUGCAUUCUGGUUCUUCUUCUACAGCUAUAAUUUGGGCCAGACCGUCCUGGACAUGCGCUUUGGCAACCAUGUUGGCGAUUGGGAGCACUGCAUGGUGCGCUUUGAGAAUGGCGUGCCCCGCGCCAUGUUCCUGAGCGAGCACGCAGGCGGCCAGGCGUACGCCUGGUCUGCGCUGGAGAAGAAGAGAUUAAAUACUACUACAAACGGGAUCAGCGAGAUCACGGAGAGGCCAGUGAUCUACUCAGCUGUGGGCAGCCACGCCAUGUAUGCGUUCCCCGGAGACCACGCCUACGUUCUGCCCUUCAAUAUGCUCAAGGACCAGACGGACCGCGGACCGCUCUGGGAUCCGUCGCUAAACAACUAUGCCUACUUCUACAACCACACUGUGGAUCCACCGCCUCCAGAGGAGGACGAGGGCGCAGAGGCGAGAGAGAUUGGCUUUGACGAGUGGACCCCAUAUCCUAUCGACCCAGCCGUCAUGAAAGCCCACGCCAACACAACCCUUCGGAGACGCGAUGGCGAAGCCGCCGUCGCACCCGCAUCGCUGACCCCAGCGGCAUCAAAUCCCGACGCGCCGACCUCGUGGUUCCACUUCAACGGGCCCUGGGGUGACGAGCUGUACAGUCUGGGCGAUGACAGGCAGUGGCGGCUGUUCGGGCAGUAUCACUACGUGACAGGGCCCAUGGGCCCCAAGUUCAAGAACUUGGGGCGCGAGAAGGUAUGCCAGAAGUACAAAUGCCGUAUUCUCUACAGCAUAGAAGAGGGCCGGAAGAGCAGCUGGCAUGAUUAG